AUGGAGGACAACGGACGUACUGAAUCUUUAGCUCGCUCUAUUCCUUGGGUACUCUGGCUAAUAUGGAAGAACAGAAACUCUCUUUUAUAUGCUGAAACAGAGGUAUCUGUCGUGAGAUCAUUAAGUGAGAUGAUGGUGGAAGUGGAACAGUGGUUUCUCUUAAACAAACCUCAACUGCGAACUACAGAGGAGAGAGUUAGAAUGGAUAAUAGUGACAAGUGGUGCCCACCAGAUAAUGGAGUCAUUAAGUGCAACAUCUAUGCGAAUUGGAGAAACGCAUCAAUGCAUAGUGGUGUAGCUUGGAUUGCAAGGGAUCAGGCCGGGAACGUUUCUCAUCAUGCACGAGACGCGAUCGUACAUGCUCCUGACCGAAUGGUAGCUGAGUUUAGAUGCGCCAUAUGGGCUCUAACAUGCUUACGAGAUCUAGGAGUGCAAAAGGUGAUAAUGGCGUCAGACUAUUAUGAGGUAGUGGAAGCUAUUAAAGUCCCGUAUCUAUGGCCCCACUAUAGAGACCUCUUGCAACGAAUCAUGGGUUUUAAAAGAACUUUUGAUAGUUUAGAGUUUGAAGGAGAAAAAGUUGUUGCCAACGGUGUAGCCAGAGAUAUAGCAAAAAGUGUUCUGCGAGAUGGACGCUUUUAA